AAAAACAAAAAAAAAAAACAAAAAAAAAAACAAAUAAAAGAAAAAAAAAACAAAAAACGUGAUCAAGAAGCUGCAGUGGAGAUGGAGGCCAAUGGGACGCUACACGUGAACCCCAUCACAUUCCUGAGAAGGAUCCAAGAAAUGGGAGACCCCAGGACCAGAGAAUACCCUCUUGUUGUCAACCCCUUGUUUGUUUUCCCGCUGAUUCUAUCGUACCUAUACUUUGUCAAGCGCGCAGGUCCACGCUUGAUGAAGAACAGAGCGCCUUUCAAGAUUGUCAACCUGAUUCGCUGCUACAACCUCGCCAUGGUCGCACUAAACGCCAGGUUUUUCUACAUCGUCCUAAGCAACACCUACCUUCCAGGAGGACGCUACAACCUUUGGUGCCAAGGAAUCACAGGCUAUAUGGACGAUGAGCUCGUCGGUGUCUAUAGGAGCGGCUGGUGGUACGUCGCAGUGCGCUAUGCCGACUUACUAGACACCGUCUUUUUUGUGCUCCGAAAGAAGUUCACGCACAUCACGCAUCUGCACGUCAUCCACCAUUCGCUGGUGGCAGUGAAUGCCUGGUUCUGGACUCUGUUCGCUCCAGAAGGCCAGCCUGCUUUGGGCCUCGUCAUGAAUACCUUCGUGCAUACCGUCAUGUACUCUUACUACCUCCUCGCCACCUUCGGUCCCACAGUACGGCCCUACCUCUGGUGGAAGAGGUACCUCACAUCGAUACAGAUUGUGCAGAUCGUCAUCUACAUUGCCCACAUGUCCAUUCCCUUGUUCGUGGAUUGUGACUUCCCCAGAUACCUGAUCCACAUCGCGAAUGCUCAGACGCUCCUCCUCUUGGGUUUAUUUCUGAACUUCUACGUCCAGUCGUACUCCAGGAAAAAUGGGUCGUUGCCUAAAAACUUGACUUUAGCUAACUGCGAUGAUGUUUCUCAGGAGCGUCAUAGCGGGAAGCAGGAUUAA